AUGCAGCACAGCAGAAAGCGGUUUUUCCCACCGCAGCACGAGCUGCUCCAUCAACUGUAUCGGCGAGAGUUGUGAAGCGAGUCGGUCACCGAAAACUUUGCACAAAGUGCGCCGUACAUGUCUUCGUGCGGCGUUUAGGUGGAUGCUGAGUGGAUCUGACACGGCUGACAGCAAGCGGGAAUCCUGAAUCACCUGGUAAAUCGGGAGAAUUAGAACGCAGAAAGCACCCAGAGCCACGUAUCUAACUUUAAAUGGCCUAACGAGUGGUUAGUUAUGUCGCAGAUACGCGUCCAGGUUGAGACAGACCCCGCACCCACAGGGACACACGUGGCCUUGUAAGCUGUGGCGGCGACCGUAUUAUCAAGGAAAUUCCUGAGUCCUCCAGGGUCACCUAUCUGCUGGCUUCUCUAUCUGCUGGUUUGUACAGCUGUACAAGCUUCUGUUUCCACAACACUCAUACACAGAGCACGCUCAGCACUGAUGUGGCGUCUUAGUCACUCAAGAGGUCAGCAGAAGCUGAAGCUAUCAUUUCCUACAGCAAAGGCCUGUGCCUAUGGUGGAGCAUAAAAAUGAGCCGCAGGGAGACAAAAGGACAAAGCAGGACACCGCAGGCAGACGUGAUGGCCACUGAAGGAACCCAGACACAGGCUGGGCCCGCGGUACUGGCAAAGUCUGCUUCGCCUCUGUCCGCUGGGAGCAGACCCAGCAGAGAAGCCAAACAUGCAAAUAAUGGGCAGGAAGUGUGGCGAGACGCUGACCAAAUGUGUCAAUCAAAACAGUUGAGCGGCCCUUCUCUCCCCUUGUGUAGGAAGUCAUCGUGUGACAGUGGGGAAGGCGCUGUUUUGGACAAAAAAUAUAAGUGCCCCGAUUACAGCUCAGAAGUCAUAAGCACUAAAGAGAAACCUUAUCCAGAGCUCUCCACUGGCAAGAAACUUGAAGAAAUGAUUCCAGUACUUAGGAAAGGUUCAGAGGAAUCUCUGAGCCAGCUGGAUACCACUGGAGACAGUGUGGAUGCAGGCACUAACAGAACUGGCAGCACCCACUGCUCCUGUACCCAGUCUAGCCCUUGUACCAAUGCGAACACCUACUGUUGCCACAGCUCUAGGUCCAGUCCAAGCCUUGGCUCCAGCCCUGUUCACAGUCCUUGCCUCAGCUGCAGGUCCUCUGGCCCCAAAUACAGACACAUCCGCCGCGGCAGCCUCCCUGUGUCUAUGCUGGCUUUCCACAAGACAUCGCCCUACCUCUCAUCCCAGGGCAGUUCCUCAAGCGAACCGAGCUCUUUGACAUCAUCUCCAUCUAGUUCUCCUCUUCCCGUCCACCGCAAGCGUCACCAAAACGGCCACAUCCAUCUGCACUGCCUCAAAGAUGGGUACUCAAGUUUAGAGAGGCUCAACCGAAGGCCCCGGGUUAACAAAUGCUCUUUGGAGAAACUUUUCCUUCGAAGGUCUUCUCUUGAAACCAUGUUGUCGACCCCUGUUCACAAUGAAAGGUUACCUACAGAAGAGACGAGGGACUGCAGCCAGGAUCACAGCAGUGAUGAGGGAGAAGUAGAAGCACAUUCGGAUAAUGUGGAUAAUGAUUUUAUUCGGAAUCGUAAAGAGCGCUCAACUGUCCUGGUGAGGCGGUUCUGCAAGAAUAAUCAGAAGGUGACCAAGUCGGUGUGUACUGGCACCAGAGCGAUUGUCAGGACACUGCCGUCGGGACUCAUCUCAGAAGAUGUCUGGGCCGUGGUUGUUCACUACAGAUGUUGGACUCCCAGUAAGGAGGAUACAUGGCUAACCGUAAAGCGGGGCAUGGGAGAAGACUUCAGAAGAUGCAAAGAGAUGCUGCGCUUUGCUGGACUUAAACUACAUCAGGUUAACAACUAUGUGGAGGAAAGAGAGGAGAUCAACCUGAUUCAUCCUGCCAAAAAGCUCCUGUUGUUGUGCCCUGGAUGUGUCUGUCUCAGGAAGUCUCUCUGGCCAGUGGACUUGGUCAGCAGCAGCCCAGCCAGCCUUGAUCUGAAGCCCUACAUUAAAACUCAGCACUGUCAUUCAUCUUACACCUCCAGGUUUUAUCGGUCUUGUAGCCAGAAGACGAAGUUGGGUUCCCUGCUAACUGGAGCACUGCUAGAGGCCACACUCGUGCUUGGUGCUCGCACGGCACUCCUUUACCCAUUACCCCAGUGCCCCAACAGCCACGCUGUCUUGAAAGAGCGUCAGCUGGCCAGCAGCAUGACCAGCAGCAGCACUCUUCCUCCCAGUGUAAGCGGGAUCAGUAAGGAGCUGGCAGAGCUGCGCCACCUUGUUCAGUUCCCCGAGGAGAUCGCCUGCAUCCUCACAGAGCAAGAGCAGCAGCUUUACCAGCAGGUCUUCCCUUUGGACUACCUCUAUUUCCUCACCCGAGACCUGGGAAGUCCAGAGUGUCAAACUAAACGCCACCCAAACCUCAAGGCUUCACUGUCAGCGCCCGCCAUGCCCACUCAGCGAAGUAACGCCGUGGAGGAACUGGUGGCGCGAUUCAACGAGGUGAGUUCGUGGGUGACGUGGCUGGUCCUGACUGCAGGGUCCAUGGAGGAGAAAAGAGAAGUUUUCUCAUAUCUGGUCCAUGUCGCUAAAUGCUGUUGGAACAUGGGAAACUACAAUGGUGUCAUGGAGUUCCUGGCUGGACUCAGAUCUCGUAAGGUGCUGAAGAUGUGGCAGUUUAUGGACCAGUCAGACAUCGAGACCAUGAGAGGUUUAAAGGAUGCCAUGGCUCAGCAUGAGUCCUCCUCUGAGUACAAGAAGGUUGUGACCAGAGCUCUUAAUAUCCCAGGAUGCAAGGUUGUGCCAUUCUGUGGGGUUUUUCUGAAGGAGCUAAGUGAAGCGUUGGAUGGCACAGCAAGCAUCAUCAGCCUCAAACAGUCUCCUGAUAACACAGAAUACUCGAUAGAGUUUGUGUCCGAUUACAGCGGCCAGCGCAAUUACUUGUCUCGAUCUGGCCCAGAUGGGCUCCAUGUGCCAGAGAAGGAAGCUACUGUGAGCAACAUCCUUCAGAUUAUCAGAUCUUGCAACCGGAGUUUAGAGGCAGAAGAUCCUGAUGACGCGUCCACCAGUCCGUCUUCUACUGGCCCGUCCCCUGCAUCCAGAAACAACUCCUUCAAAGACCGCAGCCACAAUCAUUCCCUUUCAUUUAAGACGACUCCAGAAAAAAAACAUGUUUUAUUCUCGGUCGGAGACUUGUCGGAUUCAGAUGGUGACUUGUCUACCGAGCCGGUGGUGAAAGAAGUGGAGUUUCAGGGGACCGAGGAGACGCACAGAGCUUUUAGCCAUGGCACGGAGCUCAUUCCCUGGUAUGUGCUGUCACUACAACCAGACAUUUACCAGUUUCUGCUGCAGGGCGCUACGGUCAUUCAUUACGACCAGGACGGCCAUGGCAGUGCUCGCUGUCUGCUACGUCUACAGCCUGAUAAUACAACACUCACUUGGGGUAAACCUCAAAGCGGAGGCCCUUCCCCUGCAGAGCAACCACUGGGAUUGGGGCAGCCUGUAGUGGCUGGGCUAGCAGAAGGCCUGCUGGACCUGGGAAUAGUGAAGGCAGUGUUUCUGGGCCAUCAGGGUGUCGAUGUUCAUGCUGUAUGUUUGCAAAACAAGCUGAGUCAGAUGACAGUGGAGGAGAAUGGCCUCAGCCUUCUGUAUGGUCUGAGUACCACAGACAAUAGACUUCUGCACUUUGUGGCCCCCAAUCACACGGCACAAAUGCUCUACAAGGGCCUGUCGGAGUUGGUGAAUGCAACCAGGAAAUUAAAGAAGUUUCCUGACCAAAGGUUGCAGUGGCUGAGGAAGCAGUAUGUCAGUUUGUAUCAGGAGGACGGCAGGUAUGAAGGCCCUACACUAGCCCACGCCAUUGAGCUUUUUGGGGGUCGGAGGUGGAAUGUGGGUACGGGUGGUGGAGACAAGGUUGGAGCCCAGAAGAACAACCCCCUGUCGAAUGAGAAAGCCAAGAAGAAGAAGAAGGUUCUUGUCAGGGGAGACAGUGGGGAUGCAACCGAUGACGAGAUGGUUUCCAGGAAAACACGGAGCUGUAAAGAAGGACUGUAUCGAAACGGUCCAGAGUCUGACAGCAUCGACCAAGAAGAUCCAGAAGACAGCAUCCCCGGAUCACUCUCCCUCACAUCCAGUAAAAGCCCCGGAUUGCUAUCCUCUUCCUCUUCCUCCUCCUCUUCCUCCAGCAUGGCAGGGUCCAACCAGACCCGUCCGCAGUCUUCUCCAAUCCUUUCGGGAAAUGCUAAAUCCCAGCCGGGGGCAUGGAGCAGCAGAUCGUGGCACGGCCGGGGUAAAGGCUGUUUCAAAGGCUUUCAGAAUCUCAUGAUUUCUGACAGCACAAUGAGCUUCAUCGAGUUUGUCGAGCUUUUCAAAUCAUUCAGUAUCCGAAGCAGGAAGGACCUGAAGGAGCUGUUUGACACCUUUGCUGUCCCCUGCAGUCGCUCAAGCCCAGAAUCAUGUCCUGUUUACACCAACCUCAGGAUAGAUGACAAAGACACAGGACUGCAGCCAGACCUUGAUUUGCUAACUCGUAACGGGUCGGAUCUCGGCCUGUUUAUCCGGACCAGGCAGCAGAUGUCCGACAACCAGAAGCAGAUUUCAGAUGCCAUCGCAGCAGCCAGCAUUGUGACCAACGGGACGGGGGUGGAGAACGCGUCAUUAGGCGUCUUGGGACUGGCUAUCCCUCAGCUCAAUGACUUUUUAGUCAACUGUCAGAGAGAGAACCUGAGCUACGAUGAGAUUCUCAGUAUUAUACAGAAAUUUGAGCCUUCAUCAAGCAUGAGACAAAUGGGGUGGAUGUCAUUUGAAGGUUUUGCAAGGUUCCUGAUGGACAAGGACAACUUUGCUUCACGUAAUGAGGAAUCUCAGAUGAAUCCAGAGGAGCUGCAAUACCCUCUGUCUUACUACUACAUCGAGUCUUCUCAUAACACCUAUCUGACUGGGCACCAGCUCAAAGGAGAGUCCUCUGUUGAGCUCUACAGCCACGUGCUCCUGCAAGGCUGUAGGAGCGUCGAGUUGGACUGCUGGGACGGAGACGAUGGCAUGCCUGUUAUUUACCACGGCCACACACUCACCACUAAGAUACCCUUUAAGGAUGUGGUGGAAGCAAUUAACCGGUCUGCGUUUGUCAAUUCUGAUAUGCCCGUCAUCCUGUCCAUAGAGAACCACUGCUCCCUUCCUCAGCAACGAAAGAUGGCUGAAAUCUUCAAGACUGUGUUCGGCGAACGCCUUGUGACGCGCUUCCUUUUCGAAAGCGACUUCAACGAUGACCCUCAUUUACCAUCGCCGCUGCAGCUUCGAGGGAGGAUACUGCUCAAGAACAAGAAACUCAAAGCCCAUCAGGCACCGGUGGACAUACUCAAGCAGAAGGCUCACCAGCUCGCCCACAUGCAAGCCCAAGCAAGCAACGGGUCUCCAGGAGUGACUUCACCCAACAAUCAUGCCAAUGAGGAAGAGGAAGAAGAAGAAGACGACUAUGAUUAUGAUUAUGAGUCUCUAUCAGAUGCUGAUGGCCUCGCUGCCUCUACUGCCUCGUAUGGUCUUGAAGAUAAUAUACUUGAUGACAAGCCAGAAGGCAAGAGUUCGGCCGAGAAAGAAGAGCAACCUGCUGAUGAAAUACCCAAAAGGAUGAAGAAAGCUGAUAGCACUACACAGAGCAAAGGAAAGGUGUUCGACAUGGAGCUCGGCGAGGAGUUCUACCUUCCCCAGAAUAAGAAGGAGAGUCGACAGAUCGCCCAGGAGCUGUCCGACCUCGUCAUCUACUGCCAGGCUGUGAAAUUCCCUGGCCUUUCUACUUUGUCUCCGGCUGGCUCUAGCAGGGGGAAGGACCGAGGAAAGAGCAGGAAGUCCAUAUUUGGCACGGCUCCUUCUCGCAGCAGUGCAACAGGGGAGGUCACGACCCAGAGCCGCACCCCUGGGAAAGGUGGUUCGGAGCGACUCAGCUGGGAGGAGCAGCAAACGUCUCCUGUCCUCAACCCCUCCACCUCACUCAGCGCCAUCAUCCGCACACCAAAGUGUUACCACAUCUCCUCCGUCAACGAGAACGCCGCCAAGCGCCUGUGCCGCCGUUACUCUCAAAAGCUCAUCCAGCACACGGAGUGCCAGCUGCUCAGAACCUACCCGGCGGCCACCAGGAUCGACUCAACCAACCCCAACCCUCUGCUUUUCUGGCAGCAUGGCAUCCAGCUGGUGGCACUCAAUUAUCAGACUGAUGACCUGCCCAUGCAGUUGAACACUGCGCUAUUUGAGGCCAACGGUGGAUGUGGCUACGUACUGAAGCCGGCAGUGUUAUGGGACCGUAGCUGUCCACUUUAUCAGCAGUUCUGUCCGAUGGAGCGGGAUGUGGAGAAAAUGAGCCCCGCUGUCUACUCCCUCACAAUUGUGUCCGGGCAGAACGUUUGUCCCAGUAACAGUGCCGGCAGCCCCUGCAUCGAGCUGGAUGUUCUGGGCAUGCCCAUCGACAGCUGCCACUUCCGUACCAAACCGAUCCACCGCAACACCCUCAACCCCAUGUGGAACGAACACUUUCAGUUCACUGUGCAUUUUGAAGAGAUGUGUUUCCUGCGAUUUGCUGUGGUGGAGAACAACAGUUCCCAGACCACAGCUCAGAGGACUCUCCCACUUAAAGCCCUCAAACCAGGUUACAGACAUGUACAGUUGAGAACACAGCACAACGAGUCUCUUGAAGUCUCCAGCUUAUUUAUCUACAGCCACAGAACAGAGGAAGGUCCAGCAGGGGGCGCUACUGCCUCAUCUUUGCUGUUCAGUUCUGAGGAGAAGCAUGCGUCCCAGCAGCACAGGGUGACGGUGCACUGCGCUCCCGGUCCUGAACCCUUCACUGUUUUCUGUGUUACCGAGCAGACCACCGCCAAACAGCUGCUGGACGUGGUUGUGGGGUCAGCGGGAAACCCAUCCGAAUACUUUUUGUGUGAGGAGAAGGUUCCCCUGUUGAAGGAACGCAGCGAGGUGAAGCGCUGCCCGCAGCACCGAGCUCUAGCACCUGAGGAGGAGGUGGUCAGGGUGGUGUCCAGCUGGAACACUGAGGAGGGAUAUGUGAGGAGACUGUGCCUCAAAACUAGAGAGGAGAACUUGAAUGAGAAGAACACGGUGGUGGAGGGAGAGGAGGAGGUGACUGUGGCAGGCAGAGAAGGAGGUGGAGGAGGAGGAGGGGAGGAUGAUAUGUUCUUUGUCCAGGUCCAUGAAGUUUCACCCGAACAGCCUCACACUGUCAUCAAAGCUCCACGCUACAGCACGGCUCAGGAUAUCAUACAGCAGACUCUGUCAAAGGCUAAGUAUUCCUACAGUAUCCUCGCUAACCCCAAUCCAUGCGACUACGUGUUGAUGGAGGAAGUGACCAAGGACGUCGGCUCUAAGAAGUCCUCGUCCACCAAGCCUCUUCAGCGAGUGCUGCUGGAUCACGAGUGUGUCUACCAAGCUCAGAGCCGGUGGCGGGGCGCGGGAAAGUUUAUUCUUAAACUCAAAGAGCAGGUGGUGAGGGAGGACAAAAAGAAAGUCAUUUCCUUUGCCAGUGAGCUCAAGAAGCUGACUAGUCGCAGCCGCAGCAUGACAACUGGCAGCGGAGUGGAUGGCCCUGCCCAGAGUAAGGAUGAUAGAGCUGCAUGCUGUGUGGCUCUGACAGAGCUCCAGGAGUGAGGCUCACACUCUGCCUGCCGUGUUUGCAUGGAAAAGCAACAGAGGGUACCUGUCUGCAGCUGCAGGUCUGAGGGCAUGGGUGACAGAGGGCAGGGUGGGGGCUGGAAGGUUCCUACAGGCCUCCUCCAACUCUUUCAGAGAGGAGCUCCUAUCUGUCCACCUUCCCACCUCUUCUCUGACCCCUUCAGCCUGGAAGCUUUACCUCCUCAGGAACUGGAAGACCCACAAAUGAGUUCUAGACACAGAGAGACUUGCAUUGACUACUUCUUAACUUGGAGAAUUUCUCUUUUCACAAGGUGUUUUCAGUGAUGGUCUCGUGCAUUGUCGGGUUCUGAGAUUCCCUCCUGUCAAAGUCUUGAAGGAAUCCAAUCCUACCCUGUGUUAAAUGAGCAAGUGAAGGACAGGAUUCAGUCCAGGCUCUGUUACUGGGUUAGGUGACAGGUAAUGAGCCCCUUUUGCUUGGGAGGAGAUUGGCGAGCCCACCCGCUGUCAUCCAAGAGCUGUGAUGGUCGUGGGCUGGUAGCUCAGCUCCUCUUGGGGCAGCUGUUUUUAUUGAAGUCCGCUGGGACAUGAAAUGGCAAACUGUCCCUCAUAUUUCAAAUAAAUAAGAGAGGAUAAAAAAGAUUCCUGUGUCACAUACAGAGAAUAAUUCUGGCUUUGAUGGUUGCUAAAUUGCCAUUGGAUUUAUUGAAAUAGUAAAACACAAACUAUUUGGAGUAUUUAUUUUCCCUUUUCAAGGACUAUUAAAUCUCCACAAGUGACUACACGCCUUGUGCACUAGCAUAAUUGUUUGAAUAAAUCUUUUGUACAGUAUGUUUAAAACAAAGAAGUAAAAUCCACACUUGCUAGUAAAUGUUAAAAUGGACGAAGAGAUGUAGGAGAUUGUUGCUUCCUCAGGUAUGGGCUCAUUUGGUUGAGGGCAUUGUGAAGGAGGCUGACAAGCUGGCUUGUUUGGUUCUUUCCCUACUGUUCCAGUUUCACAGUACUGUAAGAGCACAUUUUGGGGCAGUGCAGAUGAGCAAAGCUCACAGAAAGACGCAGCAAAUGUGAGGAUAAAGAAUCGGAGGCUUCUAUUCUAUUUAAAUGUCGUAAAAAUGGAAGCAGUUUAUCGGACACUACCGUAUUUGCCCUAAAUAGUCCAUAUAUGAGGAGCGUUUUAAGGCAGUGUAGGCACACACUAUUAUAUUCUGCAAAUGCAAAUGUGGAGCAACUUCUCACUGUUUUGGUAAAGUUGUCUUGUGUCCGUUUAAAAUGUUGCAACACUGCCUCCAACAUUUGAUGAUUUUGUGGCUGUAUCUCUGAGGAUGAUCUGCUUUGUUUUACAGAGUAUCUUAUUGCUCACAUCAUUGUGCACAAAUAUCAACCAUAUCUCACCUUGUCAGCCAAACUGAGCAGCUUAAAAAGUUAAAAAUGUUUAUAUAUGAAUAUAUAUACAUUACUAUAUAUAUAUUUAAAAUGUAAUUUAAACAUGGGGUAUUGCUUUUUAAUAGUGUGAAUACAAUGCGAUCACCAGAACUGUUUGUUAACCUUUUUUGUGCAACAGUAAGCUUUCUGAAUAUUUCCAUUGUUAAAUGCAAAACUGGUGGAGCCCAAAACAUAGUUACAAAUUUAGUCAGACAUUCAUUACUUCAGAGAUUGUUCAAAUAUGGACAUUUCCUCUGUUGGACCUGAUUAUAAUUGAGUAUUUCCUGCAAAUUUCUACAUUAUUUUAUUGGUGCAAUGAUGGUUGUAGUGCUACGAUCCUUUGGAGAGCAUCCCGGUCUUCUUCAAACAAUGUUUUGCACUUUUCAUUUUCCUUUUGGUGUCGUCAAUGUUUUUGUGUUACUGUCUAAUUAGUGACAGCGACUUGAUUGUUAUGGUUAGAACUGCUUCUGUCUUGUUAUGUCGUUGUAUUUAUUACUUUCAAUUUUAGCCCAGUCACAAAUUUAGUUUUAAAGAAAGCACAAGUACAUUUUGGGGGAGUUUUUUGUCAGACUUAUAGGUAUGUAUUCCGUGUUCCCCACACAGAAUUGAAUGUUUGUAAUGCAAUUGAUUGGUUUUUCUUUAUUUAUUGGUCUGGACUUACUGUCCUUGAUUUUAAGAGCAGCAUCUUUAUAGAUAUUUAAUGUAAGUAAUGACUAGAUUUUUUUUUCUUUCUUCUGCACAUCUAAAUCUACAUUCAAAAUUCAUUUGGUGCCACUUUUCUCUCUUUUAAUUAGCGACAUUUCAAUAUUUUAGGACUAAUAGUAACUUUUUAUUUUACUUCCUCCCAUUUGGUUAAUGACGUUACCAAAUAUACAUUAAAAAAUAAUAACAUUAAGAUGUAAAACGACAUGAUACAUCUUGAUUAUUACC